AUGGCCGCUGCCGUGAGGAAUAAUGUUUGGGUUGCCCCGGGGCAGGACGCGCAGUUUCUCCAUAAAACCGCACCACUGACAGCCGACGGUCUGAGAGGUGAAGAUCAUGGACAAGUGCUCUGCAACACGAGGGAUGCCAUCCCACAAACUUCUUCUUUCCAAUGCAACAAUCUGGGUAAAACAGAGAUGGACAGCUACUUGUCUCAGCAUGCACAGGAUACGAUAAAUUCCAAAAUGUUGUGCAGGGACAAUGCUCUGAUGCUAGAGCCGCCUUUCACCGAGGACUUUGCCUCCCCUUACAGCGUCAACAUGAGCCUGUUCCUUCCUGACGUCACAUACCUGCACCCUGGUCUCUGUAGGACUAUGAGACAGAUCAAAACAGAGCCCUCCCACUCUCUGAUGCACCCCACCUGUCAGGGCAACACGGCGCCACCGACACUAACAGAGUACCCAGGGGUUUAUAGUACAGCAGAUACAGCUAGCGGUAACUUUUUCGUUAAACAGGAAGUGCCAGAUUUCCAGGAUGUUCCCCUGUUUCAGCUUUUGAACUCUGAUUUGGAGCAGAUUGUUCACGGGUCACAGCUGAACUCCAUCCCCAUGGCACCAUUAAGUCUUCCUAUUGGGAACGUCCACGUAGGCCCAGUGCAGAAUAACACAAAGCAUGCAAGCGGUUUACAGAAUGACUGUUUUUCAUUCAAUCGACACUUAGGUCAUCAGCAAAGACCAACCUACUUACCACCUUCUCCGCCAAAUUCUGAGCCUCCAAGUCCAGAAAGGGGGAAGGAGCUCCUUCAAAAUCUCUCCCCGCCUCCCUCCUACGAAGCCAGCAUUGCGUCUAAGUUAACUUUUCAGACCCAUAUUCCCAUCGAUCCAGGACAGACCUCUAGUGUUGCUCCGACCCAAAGCCAAGACCCGAAUUCAAGUGCGGGAUUAGUCCAAAACACGGGUUCUGUACCAGCACGACUUUCAAGCCUGACACCGGUUCAGACGUCGCCAGGUGUUGGCCCACUUUCACCAGUGUUGGCCCAGUCAGCUCCACUGAAGUACAACCGAAGGAAUAAUCCUGAUCUGGAGAGACGACGGAUUCACCACUGCGAUGUUCCAGGAUGCAAGAAAGUGUACACCAAGUCUUCUCAUCUAAAAGCUCACCUACGCACCCAUACAGGAGAGAAACCGUAUCAGUGCUCGUGGGAGGGAUGUGAGUGGCGAUUCGCUCGAUCCGAUGAGCUGACUCGCCAUUUCAGGAAACACACCGGGGCAAAGCCUUUCCAGUGUGGAGUGUGUAACCGUUGCUUCUCCCGCUCUGACCACCUGGCACUGCACAUGAAGAGACACCAGAGCUAGAGACGCCCCACCUGCACGUCAAGUCAAUCUUUUUUCUUUUUUUUCUUUUUUUUUGUGAAUAAAAAGUAAAUGGUACUUACAUAUCAGCAAACAAACACUAUGGAUUAUUCCACUUCCUCCCCAGUGGAGCUAUUCUUAGCAGUGCUGGCCCACAAGUACUUGUUUCUUUUAUUGUAAAAAGAUUAGAUAUUGCUGUUGCCUUAUUUUAUUUCCACUGUA